AUGGAUUCGGUAAUGUGGGGUGGGGAGGCACGGGUGUGUUUCAGGUUGCCUUUUGGGAAUAGAAGGAGGCACUUUUGCAGUCGGGGAAAAAAAGUGAAGUGUAAUUGGACAGGAAUCUUUCAGGUAAAGUUUCUUCUUCUUUACUUUGUUCUUUUGUCUCUUGGCCGAGGUGGUGGGACCCGUUUCUGCAUUGGUUUGGUGAUACAGGGUCUAAGAAGACUAGAGCUAGUAGUCAGUAGGACCCUUAAUGAGAUAAUACAUAUAUCGAGGAAAUGCCAUUGGAAUUCGGCAUAUGAGAGAAAUUCGGCCUCCAGAUUUUCUCAACUUCUAGAACUUCUUGGCAGUUUCACCCGUUUAGAUACUAUUUCGAAACCUGGCUACCAAAAUCUUUGUACCUACUAUUCUAUUUUUUGCAAUUCGCUCUAUUCUUAUAUAAACAUCUCAGAUUCUUAA